AUGACUUGUACAUCGUGUGUUGAUAGUAUCGAACGAAAUUUAUCAAAAGUCGAAGGAAUUCACUCUGUAUUAGUGGCUUUACUUGCCCAACGUGCCGAAGUCAAAUAUGAUCCUGAAUAUUUAUUACCAUCACAGAUAGCUGGCUUAAUCAAAGAUCUUGGGUUUCGUGCUCAAGUAGUCGAAACAGCGACAUCUGGCACUGAUAUUAUUGAUGUUAAUAUUGAUGGCAUGACUUGCGCCUCGUGUGUUAGCAAAAUUGAACGUCAUAUCAAAGCAUUAUCGGGUAUUAAAUCUGUCGAUAUAGCUCUACUCACUCAUCGUGGUCGAGUCAAAUAUGAUGCUAGUAUUAUCGGCCCACGAGAUAUUAUCACUCAGAUUAGCGAUCUUGGCUUUCCUGCAACGCUUUUGUCAGACGACUAUAAGAGUGAUGACAUAGCUAAAAUACAAAAACAAACAACUAAAAAAUGGAGAAACACAUUUAUCUUGUCAACUGUAUUUGGUGUACCGGCUAUGGUUGCCAUGCUUCUGUUUAUGUUUAAAUGGCAAGAUCAUGAUAAUGCACCACAAAUUCGACGUGGUCUUUCGCUCGAAAAUCUAGUCAUGUUUUGUCUUGCUACUCCUGUUCAGAUCAUUUGUGGUCGACAUUUCUAUGUUACUGCAUAUCGUUCGUUGAAGCAUAAAUCAGCAAACAUGGAUGUUCUCAUUGUUAUGGCAACAACUAUUGCCUAUGUCUAUUCUAUUUUAAUCAUUAUUGUGAACAUCAUUCUGAAACUGGAUAGUCCAUUGACAUUUUUCGAUGUUCCACCAAUGCUCUUUCUUUUCGUUGCACUGGGUCGAUGGCUGGAAAAUAUUGUCAAAGGCAAAACAUCGGAAGCAUUAAAAAAGCUCUUGUCUUUACAGCCUCUACAAGGUGUACUUGUUAAACUUGAUGACAGAGGCAAAAUAAUCGAAGAACAAGUGAUUCUUGCUCAACUCAUUCAACGUGGUGAUCUUCUUAAAGUUGUACCAGGUGAAACAAUUCCGACUGAUGGUCGAAUUAUCGAUGGUACAACAACAUGUGAUGAAUCAUUGAUUACAGGUGAAUCGAUGCCAGUGGACAAAGUAGUCGGUGCUCAAGUUGUUGGUGGUACAAAAAAUUUAGUCGGCUCAAUUAUUAUGCAAGCUACACAUGUAGGUCAAGAAACUGCAUUAAAACAAAUCAUUAAACUUGUCGAAGAUGCUCAAACAUCAAAAGCACCCAUUCAAGAAUUAGCUGAUAAAAUUGCAGGUGUUUUUGUUCCAUUUAUUCUUGUUAUUUCAUUUUUAACUUGGCUCAUCUAUGUGAUUAUCGGUUAUACGGCUUAUGAUAGUCUUAAGAAACAUUCUAGUUAUGGUGAAUCUAAUAUGACACAUUAUAGUCAAAGUGAAAUUGUAUUCGAACUUGCCUUUCGAUAUAGUAUUACUGUUUUAUCAGUUGCUUGCCCGUGUGCUCUUGGUUUAGCAACGCCAACUGCAGUCAUGAACUCUAUUCAUGAUUUUACUAUUGUAGGUGUUGGUGCUGCAAGUGGUAUUCUGAUUAAAGGUGGUGAACCUUUGGAACUGGCAAGAAAAGUACGAACCGUUGUUUUUGAUAAAACAGGCACGAUUACAAAAGGAAAGCCAAGUGUAGUCGACAAACAGAUCUUUAUUGAUGAUCAUCACUUGACACUUGAUCGAAUGUUAGCGAUUGCAGCAACGGCUGAAAGUGGUUCUGAACAUCCACUAGCGUUAGCGAUUAAGAAUGAAUGCAAACAACGAUUUGGUACUGAGCAAAUGGGCCAAUGUUUUGAUUUUAAAGCUACAUGGGGUUAUGGUCUAUUUGCUCGCGUUACUGGUAUUGAUUGUCUUAUACCACAAAGUGACACACGACGUUCUUAUACGGUAUUAAUUGGAAAUCGAGAGUGGAUGAUGCGAAACAAUAUUCAGGUAAAUGAAUAUAUUGAUAGAACAAUGUCAAAAUAUGAACAUGAUGGUCACACAGCUGUUCUCGUUGCCAUUGAUGAUAUAUUAGUUGGCAUAUUUGUCAUUGCCGAUGAGAUCAAACCAUCAGCUCCAUUGACCAUUUUUGCUCUUAACUCACUUGGACUAGACACGAUUCUACUAACAGGUGACAAUAUCAAGACUGCACGAGCAAUAGCCGCUAAAGUUGGUAUCAAAACUGUUUAUGCUGAAGUAUUGCCUACGCAAAAGGAACGUUUUAUUCAUAAAUUGAAAGAAAAAAUGGCUCCAGAAGAAAAAGUAGCGAUGGUUGGCGACGGCAUUAAUGAUUCACCAGCACUGGCACGAGCUGAUGUAGGUAUUGCAGUAGGUAGUGGUACUGAUGUUGCUGUAGAAGCCGCUUCGAUUGUUUUGAUUCGUGACGAAUUAUUUGACGUUGUCACUGCUAUUAUACUAUCGAAAAAGACAAUUUGGCGUAUAUGGAUCAAUUUUAUUUUUGCCAUUGGAUACAAUGCAAUUGCCAUACCGAUUGCAGCUGGUAUUCUUGUUCCUGCUAAUAUUCACCUUAAACCAUGGAUGGCUUCAGCUGCGAUGGCUCUAUCGUCGAUUAGUGUCGUUCUUUCUUCACUUUUGUUGCGUUACUUUCGUAAACCACAAAUGAGAACUUAUGAAAAUAGCUCUUUUCAACAGUGGUGUACCACCAUGUCUGUCGAUAUUGAAGUUCAUCGUGGCAUUGAGAAUGUGGUCGGUAAUAGUCGUCGUACAAGUCCAGCUAGUUCGCGUAGUGGUACUAGUAGCAAAUUAUCGCAGUUGCUCGUUGGUGCUGUUUCAAAAUUUGUCAAACAAAGCUUUGGUGAUAAAAAUAAAAGCAAACCUGUCACCACUAUGGACGACACUAUCGGCUUAAUUUCAAUCAAGACUUAA